CGUCACGUUCGAAUCGCGAUCGGUCGCCGCUCUGUGCUGUUGCUCUCGGGGAGCUGUUUGUGGGACUGUUUGUGGGACUGUUUGUGCUCUCCAACUGCCCGUCUUGUUCCCUGGUCGGUAUCGAUCCUUUGUGUUGCGUGUGUGGAGUUGGAGAACAAAUUCCCCGGUAGCAAUGCCCUUUGUAUAUGUGUGGAUAAAGGCAACCUCGCUUAGUGUUAUCAUAGUGGAGUGGAGUGGAGUAGAAAGGAGAGCCUCAAGACAGAAGCAGGCGAGAAGCAGUGAAGAACACAGAGACAGUGAUCUUCAGUGGACAGUGAAGUGCUCGACACCCGCGUCAGACCACCGCUUCCCGACCAUGUCCGACUCGGGGGACGAUUCGUGCGAGGACCACAACAGCUCGUCCAACUCGCUGAACCAUCGGACGCCGCCGAACUGUGCCCGGUGCCGCAACCACGGGCUCCAGAUUGGGCUGAAGGCCCACAAACGGUACUGCAAGUACCGCCACUGCAACUGCGAAAAGUGCUCCCUGACGGCCGAGCGGCAACGAGUUAUGGCCAUGCAGUGUGCCCUGCGCCGCGCCCAAACCCAGGACGAACGGUUUCUCAACGAGGGCGAGGUGCCACCCGAGCCGGUAGUUAGUAUUCUCUGUUACAUAGUAGCCAAGGUGUCUGAACUGAAAAAGCUAAAGCAUAUUAUGGUUCAUAAUUCUCAGCCGAGAUCGUUCGAUUGCGACUCUUCCACCGGAUCGAUGGCAUCCUCACCGGAAACAUCCAGCAUGGUGGGGUCCAGCAUGGGGUCCCCGGGCAUCUCGCACCAUCCGGCCGAGACGCAGCAACUCGAAGAAGACGAGCUGGUUAAGCGAGCCCAGUGGCUGCUGGAGAAACUUAGUUACCCCUGGGAGAUGAUGCCCCUUAUGUACGUCAUAGUGAAAAACGCGGACGGCGAUGUACGAAAGGCGCACCAGCAGAUCGACGAAGGUCAGUUCGCGGUCAACGAAUAUUCACGAUUGCACAAUUUGAACAUGUUUGAUGGCGUGGAGUUGCGCAUCGAUCCAGUCCUACCGGCCGCGACAGCCAGAACGGCUUACGGACAGAACAGAAGGCGUUCUCGGUACCCUAACGAUGCUUAAUCGAAUGAUGGAGUACAUUCUUCGCGCACCGCUGCAAGCAAUGAAGAUGUCAUCAAAAUACCGUAAAUUGAAUAAAGCAACGCACACAGUGUACAACAUCAGG